AUGUCUCCUUCCACCAAGGUCUUUUCCCUCGAGGGAAAGGGCUUGAAGCUCGACACAGCCGAGGAUAUCGAGCCUCAUAUCAAGGCCCUAAACGAUAUGGAGGACGUUGAGGAAGUCAAGAUACUGGGCAACACUCUAGGCGUCGGCGCCUGUAAGCGUCUUGGAGAGGUUCUGGCGACGAAACAGAAUUUGAAGAUUGCCAACUUUGCCGACAUCUUCACCGGUCGCCUCCUCAACGAGAUUCCCGAGGCCCUCUCUUCUCUCCUCACAUCCAUCCUCAACCUCCCCAAGCUCAACACCAUCGACCUCAGCGAUAACGCGUUUGGCAUCAACACCCACGCUCCUCUUGUCGCUUUCCUCGCCGAGCACGUUCCUCUCCAACACCUGUACCUUAACAACAACGGCCUGGGUCCCCACUGCGGUAUUCUCAUUGCCAACUCUCUUUCCAAGCUUCACGAGAAGAAGGAGGAGGCGAAAAAGGAGGGUAAGGAGGUGCCGGACUUGGAGACAGUGAUUUGCGGUCGCAACCGCCUCGAGAACGGAUCCAUGGUGGCCUGGGCCAAGGCCUACCGGUUACAUAACAAGGUCAAGCUCGUCAAGAUGGUUCAGAACGGGAUCCGACCCGAGGGUAUCUGCCAUCUCCUGACAUCGGGCCUCAACCAGGCCACGGAACUCGAAGUGUUCAACCUUCAGGAUAACACAUUUACGCUGAGCGGCGCCAAGGCGCUUGCCAAGGCCAUUAUUGGGUGGGAAAACCUUCGGGAGCUUGGUGUCGGCGACUGUCUCCUCACCGGAAAGGGCGGUCUCCUAUUGAGCGAGGCGCUUGCCAAGGGCUCGAACAAGAAGCUCGAGACCCUGAGACUCCAGCUGGAGCUCAAUGGCAACAAAUUUGCCGAGCAGGACCCCGCCAUCUUAGCCCUUGAGAGCCUACUAGAUGGGCGUAAGGAAGAGUUUGGCGGCGACAUCGUGCACGAAGAUGACUGGGGCUUGGAUGAGCUUGACGAGCUUGAUGACGACUCCGAUGAUGAGGACGAAGACGAUGAAGGCGGCCUCGAGCCCGAGGAGCUUGCGGAGAAACUGCUCAAGGAGGCCGAAGAGGCGAUGGAGGAACCUACAGUGCAACUCAAGGAUAAGGUCGUGGACCAGCUAGCCGAGAAACUGGAGAAGACUUCAAUCUAA